UAUAAGUGGCACAAUACCGCCGGGAGAACGUCACUGCAAAAUUUUCAGUUUUAUCAUAUUAACCCAUUGUUUUGAUAAAAUACACCGUGCUUGUACGCCUGCUUACUCGUACGCCUGUUGACUUGUACGCCUGUUUACUUUUACUGUACGCCUUGGACGAAACCCGUGGAGUCGAACAGCGGCCAGAGAGGUGAGGCAUCCGAGUUACGCAAAUCCUGUUUUAAUUAAGCCUGGCGUCUCGUCAUCUAGGGAUCUGAUGUUGAGAGAAAAGGGAACGGCAGGGCACUGAGGAGGAUUUAAUUAUCGGCGACUCCCGUUUAGAGAAUCGACCCCCCGAGUCAUUUUCCUCAACAGAAGUCAAUUUUGAUGAAAAGCAUUUGCAUAAAAGGGGGCACCUCUAUCGACCACUUGUCAAUGGUAUAACGGCCGGCUACGAAAUCUCGAGCCAAUCGAAAAGCAAAGAAGAAGAAAAAAAGGAAGGGGAGAAACAAUUUUUCCGAGAGGCGAAAACAAAACGGGAGCUUUCUUGAAACGUUUCAAGUCUCCACCAAGCCGGGAGGUCUUGAUAGCAGGCGUUCGAUUGGAAGGAUAUGACAUGGUAUAUCACAGAACAGGUUGCUCCCAUGCCUUCGGUACAGGACGUCACCAGAGCAUCGACGCCCCAGUACAGCGAAGAUCAGUACGCGAGCCCAAGUAACUUUUUACUGCAGCCAGGGCUGGACGCCGGUACGCUAGACGCGUCAACCUACACCUACCUGCAUACGAUAUCGGAGCCGCUCGGCUGUUACCAGCAGCCGUACGGCGUCCACAGCGUCAACCCGGCAGGAACCGCGUACCAGCACCAGCAGCACUUUCGGGAGAAUACUUUCGUGUGGGUCGGCGCGAACAACUUCUACCCGUCCUGCGAACAGAGAUCCCAGAGCGAACCUUACAGCCCGCAGCGCCAUCACGGCCAGCGAAGACUUGCGGGCGAGAGAUCGGAGAAGGCCGGGCGAAGGCGCCGCGCCCCAACCGUGGCUCAGAGACGGGCGGCCAACAUCAGGGAACGUCGGCGAAUGUACAACCUGAACGAGGCGUUCGACUGUCUACGACAGCGGAUCCCGACGUUUGCCUACGAGAAGCGGCUGUCGAGGAUCGAAACAUUGCGCCUGGCCAUCUCUUACAUUUCCUUCAUGGCGGGGAUCGUCAACGGGGAGGACCCCAGCACCCUCAGGGUCGGCUCGUACGACUCCGGGUUGUGCCGACCCGCCGCUCUGACCCAAACCACCCUGCGAGACGGAGACUCCGUCGCGGAGUCGCGGAGCAGUGAGAACGAUUACGACGACGGCAAGGACGACGACGAGGAUGAGGAAGGGGAGGAUGGAGUGAGUGGUAACGAGGAGGAGGAGGACAGUGAGGACUCGAGCCCUGACGACACACGGUGCGAUCAAAGUGUGCUCAGCGUGUAAGCGAGAUGCGUGCUAAGGGAAAUGCGUGUUUAAAAAAAUAUAUUAAAAAAAGGAACAAAUACUUUCAUGAUCUUCAGCAGAGUGAUGAGUUCGAGAAGUCGACCAGUCGUGUUGUGGCUAAAUCUGAUACACGAACAAGGACGUUGAACAAGAAGUGACGGCGUCUUCAUUGUUGAUUUGUGAAUAAAGUCAGUGCCCUUUAUAGCUGUUGGUGUGGCAUUCGCAAUCCAGUGGUGGAUUAACUUUCGGACGUUCCACUGUGGUUUUGUUCACAGGCCUGCUGUGCGUACGCUUCUUUGUGAUGGAGUUUAGUUGUGUACGCGGGAACCUCUCGGUGGUAGAGCUCAAGCGUGUUAGCACUCAUCGAAACUCCUAGCUUUAUCAAAUAAAUACAAACUGUUCUAAUGGACUCCAAGCACCGAGGAGUUAAAAAGUAUUAUACUAGUUCUGUGUUAUUGUAUUUUUUUUUAUUACUUGUUUACUGUUCAUGUUUCUGCAUGUCUAGUAGGCACGUUUCUCGUUAAUGACAGAAUAUCAGCAUUAAUUAACAUCUCGUGACUGAAUUAUACAACGUAUGGUGUAUAAUUAUGUUUUUUUAAUUUAUAUUCAUAA